AAAUACGUUUUUCUAAUCAAAAAAUUUCCUAAGCACUUACAGUCAAGAAAGUUAAACUAAAAUCUCACAAAAUUGUCGUAAAGAUCAACAACUGCAAAAAUUAUUAUUUACAUAACUUUGGCUUAAUACACAUGUAUCUAGCAAUGUCGAAUUAUUCGAGUCCAUUCCAAAGUAGCUGCAUUCACUGUGGCGUUGCAGUGUCGGUAUGCUCCUUCCUGGGUCGCCAGGUCAGAAUUCCCGCGAGCAAGACAAGUGUCAGUCCAAUUUUUGGUGAUUUAGAAGAGAAAAGAACCAGUCCCCGUCAACGGGCACGUCAAUUGGCCAAGAGCAAAACCGUUCCCCAAAAAAGGUCUUCGAAGAGAAUCAAAAAACGUCCAAAUCCAAUAAUGAAGGGCUUGGCACAGAAACUAAAGAGUGCUGGGAAACAACCACAGGGAUCUUCAGUGCCUCUAUUUAAGUCGGUUAUUUUAAGAGAGAUGAUGAGAUUGAGAAGACGACCAAAUGCAAAGUUUAUGAAGGCCGCAACGAGCGUUAACUAUUGUGUUCCAAAACGCUGCCGUAGAAUCCUUUUGGUCAGGCACAAGAGCAGCCUGGAAGAGAAUUCGAAUCUGACAUAAUGGAGGUGAACGUGACGCCAAGGACCACUUCUUCUUCCUUCGAGACCGAAGUGCAACUUUGCGAUUCGCAUGAAAUAGAGACAUCGAAGGAAUUUGAAUCUGACAUUAUAGAGAUGAUUGAGGCGCCAAGAACAACUUCUUCCAAGCCCGAAAUGGAAAUUUAUGAUCAAAACCAUGCGCAUCAAUUGGAAAACUUUGAUUUUCCUGAAGUGGAGACAACUGAGACACCUCAUCAAAUUUUGGACAAAGUCGAUUCAUUUUCAAACGAUGAGGCUGUAGAAACAGAUUUAUUAUCAGUAUAAUGCAGAUUAUAUGAAACCGUUUAUAAUUUUAGACUUGCUUUUGGAGACUCUAAAACAAAAAGUCAUUGAAAUCAUUGACAAAAUAAAAAUACAAAAUAUAUAUAA